AUGCCCAUCCCCACCCCCAGAGCAGUACCAACCCCUUUCCCCACAUUUGAUUCACUUCCCCUUGACAAAAGUGGACCUCCAGGGAAUGCAUGGGGGCUUUUUGGGCCAAACGACCAGCUGGGUAUGCUGAAUCUCAUCACCCCAGAAACCGUACGAGCGGCGGCGAAAGAGGAGAUUCGAGAGGGCAUUCGUAUACCUCUAGACUGGCCUUUGAACAAACCCGCCUUCCCUACCUUUGCGCGUGAGAAAUUUCAUCAUGAGAUUCAAAAUAAGAGUCCUCAACCAGGCGUCUCAAUGAAUGAUGAUGUGGUGCAUUUCAACACGCAGAGUAGCACGCAAUGGGAUGGCUUUCGGCAUUAUGGUUAUCAAAAGGCAAAGAAACACUUCAACGGACACACCCAAGCAGAUUUUGAAAAUGGGGGCACGGCUCUUGGAAUCAAUUCAUGGGUCGAAAGCGGUGGUAUAGUUGGCCGUGGAGUCCUCCUAGACUGGGCCAGUUGGGCAGAAGACAAUGGAAUCCUGGUCCGGCCCUUCCAAACCGGCGCUGUCGAAGUGUCGCAUCUGAAGGCCAUUGUUGCCGAGCAAAAGAUCCAAUCUCGCCCCGGAGAUAUUCUAUUCAUUCGCUGCGGAUUUGCGGCAGCUUACAACAGACUUUCAAUAGACGAGCAGCAGGCUUUCCCAGAUCGACAACCUUCCGGUUUGCUUGGAAUUGAGGCUACUAAAGAGUCACUGCGCUGGUUAUGGGAGAAUCAGUUUGCCGCGGCGGCAGGUGACUCUCCUAGCUUUGAAAGAGGCCCUGCAAAUGGCCCAUACAAUGACCCUGAUGUUACGAUGCAUCAAUGGAUGUUAGGAGGAUGGGGAAUGCCGAUUGGUGAGAUGUUUGAUCUGGAGGACCUUGCCAAAGAGUGUAAAAGGCUAGGGAGAAACACAUUCUUCUUGUCAAGUAUGCCAUUACAUUAA